AUGGGAAAAAAUCGACUUGUGCUCACAAGGAGCUUUGCGCAGCAGAGCCCUCUGGUGUCGGGGAGGGGCGCGGGCGGGCGACGCGACCAGCACAACCGUCUGGGACUGGGCCCCGCCGCCUCCGCCACACUGCGCGCCUCCUCUUUGUCUUCGCACAUCACCGACAAGCGCUGUCCUUACACCGUGACCCACGAGCACUCG